CAUGGUAUUGUCCUUGACAAAUAUUUUGCUACUUUUGGAACAUAGUAAAAAAGUUUAAAAUUCCACCGAUCACUACUUUAUUGGUGUAUUAGUGUGACUGUUCGUUUAAUUUUAUUGGCUGCUUGGUUGUUUACGACUGAUGAUCGAAAAUGGCAGCAGCAAGUGUUGAAUAUGAAGGUGCUUUUGUCAAUCCAGCAUAUGUUCAUUCCAGAUAUGCAUCGAAUGCUUCCAUACCUGGAGAAUACCGUAAGUCUGUUGAUGAUGGUGACAGUGGUUCGACGGGGAUGUCGUCGAAGAGAGAAUCGUUGAGGAGUGUGAGUAUAGCUACAAGAGAAAACUUGGAGAGAAUUGGUACUGAUCUAAAUGGGAAUAAGUAUUCUCUUCCCAAUGGAGAUCCGGAAAAUCCUAGCGAUGCCAAACAACCCCAACGUGAAAAUUGGGGUAAUGAAAUUGAAUUCCUUAUGUCCUGCAUAGCGCUAUCGGUGGGUCUGGGCAAUGUAUGGCGUUUUCCCUUUACCGCUCUGGAUAAUGGUGGUGGGGCAUUUGUGAUACCAUACAUAAUAGUAUUAUUUUUAGUGGGUAAACCAGUGUAUUAUAUGGAAAUGUUAUUAGGACAAUUUUCCAGCAGAGGCAGUGUUAAAGUCUAUGAUUUUGCGCCCAUAAUGAGAGGUGUGGGCUAUGGACAAGUUUUAGCUACCGGUGUGGUGACCACCUACUAUGCCACCUUAAUGGCUUUAACUUUGCGUUAUUUUGUGGACUCUUUCUUUCCCACUUUACCCUGGAGUUUCUGUCGCGAAGAAUGGGGUGAUUUGUGUAUUGAUUCGAAACCAAAGGCUGAUGAUUAUAUGCAAGUAGCAGGGGCAGAGGUUAAAACUACCUCAGCGGAGUUUUAUUUUAUAAAUAUUAUUUUACGUGAAAAGGAUAGCAUUGAUGACGGCAUUGGCUAUCCCAGUUGGUCGUUAUGUAUAACCUUAGCAGUGUCCUGGUUAAUUAUAGCUUUAAUUGUUAUUAAAGGUGUUAAAAGUUCGGGCAAAGCUUCAUAUUUCUUAGCCAUUUUUCCCUAUUGUAUUAUGUUAAUUUUACUAGUGCGUUCCUUAACUUUGCCGGGUGCCUUUGAUGGAGUUUUGUAUUUUCUUAAACCUCAAUGGGAUAAAUUACUGGAUCCUAAGGUCUGGUAUGCAGCUGUUACCCAAGUGUUCUUUUCAUUGGCCAUAUGUUUUGGCAACAUCGUUAUGUACGCUUCAUAUAAUCGUUUUGGUCAUAAUAUUAAGAGAGACUGCAACAUUAUAACUUCGCUGGAUACAUUUACCUCAUUAUUAUCGGGUAUUAUUAUUUUUGGUAUUUUGGGUAAUUUAGCCUAUGAAUCCAAUACUACCGACAUUAGAAGUGUGGUCAAAGGUGGACCCGGUUUAGCCUUUAUAUCCUAUCCAGAUGCUAUAGCAAAAUUUAAAUUUGUGCCUCAGAUCUUUUCGGUGUUAUUUUUCCUAAUGUUAUUUGUUCUGGGCAUUGGCAGUAAUGUGGGCAUGGCUUCGUGUGUUAUGACAGUUAUACGUGAUCGUUUUACUCAUAUCAAACAAUGGGUUAUAGUGGUUUGUAUAGCAGUGACCUGUUAUGGUUUGGGUCUGUUGUAUAUUACACCAGGAGGCCAGUAUAUAUUAAAUCUAUUAGACUUUUAUGGUGCCUCUUUUGUUGCCCUUGUAUUGGCUAUAUUUGAACUUAUAGCUGUGGGUUGGAUAUAUGGAGUUAAACAAUUAUGCAAAGAUAUACAUUUUAUGUUGGGCAUUAAAACUUCUAUAUAUUAUCGCCUAUGUUGGGGCAUUAUAACACCUGCUUUUAUGGCUGCUAUUCUAAUCUAUACUUUAGUGGAAUAUGAACCCUUACAAUACAAUGACUAUACUUAUCAAGAUGGCGUAUAUAUUUUUGGCUGGUGUUUAUCUGCAUUCGGCAUAGGACAAUUAUUAUUCUGGGGCAUACAUGCCGUCCACAAAUGUCCCGGCAAUACAUUAUGGGAACGUUUUGUAAAUUCCUUUAAACCUAAAGCCGAUUGGGGUCCUUUAGAUCCUACGGUUUUGAAGGUAUAUAAACUUUGUAUGGAUGACUCAAAAAUGGAACUGAUGUUUAAAAAGAAUGGAUUUUGGUAUAGAAUUUAUGACAAUAUAUUUGGUUAAAAGUUCAGUUUUUUAAUUUGCCUUAAUUAAAGCUUUUGUAAAUAAAUAAUUUUAAUAAAAAAAUAUCUUCUA